AUGGCACCAUAUCUUCAAGAACAAAUAACCCUACCAAGCCACGAACCCACCAUCACAAAAUCAUCUUUGCCUCUGAAAUCCACUCCAACCGAACCUCUUUCCUACCAACCCGGUCGCACAAUCCCCGAAUCACACGAAAACUAUCCUUACGACCACCUGCUCCCCACCUUCCCAGAUCUAAAAUGGGAUCCUUUGGUUGAAGUCCCCUACUCGGAUAAAGGUCUUCUCGGCUGCCCCAACUUCUCUUCUCUGUUAGCAUCCGCAACGUCCAUCCGCGACUACAACCCCAAAAUCGGUACUGAAGUUGAAGGCAUCGAUCUCGCCAACCUCAGCGAUGCGCAAAAAAAUGAUAUUGCGAGAUUGAUAGCAACAAGAGGAGUUGUGUUUUUCCGAAACCAGAAGAACUUUGAUAUACAGAAACAAAGGGAGUUGGGGGCAUAUUUUGGGACGUUGCAUAAGCAUGCUACAACCUCCGUGCCGAGAGAAAAGGGUCUAGAAGAUGUGCAUGUGGUUUUUGCGGAGGGAGCACGAGGAGCGAGGAAUCAGAUUUUCUCGCCGAGUUUUUUGUGGCAUAGUGAUGUGACCUACGAAAUCCAACCCCCCUCCUACACAAGUCUGAAACUCCUCUCGGGCCCCCCAAGCGGCGGCGGCGGCACAACCCUCUGGUCAUCCCAAUACGCGGCCUACGACUCCCUCUCUCCCCACAUGCAAACUUACCUCUCUUCCUUGUCCGCUUUACACUCCGCAGACAUGCAAGCCGCCGACUCUGUCCGUGGAAACCGACCAGUGCGCAGAGAUCCCAUCACCACAAUCCAUCCUUUGGUCAGAGUAAACCCCGUCACGGGAUGGAAAAGUAUCUUCUACAAUCCAGGCUUUGUGACGAAAAUUGUGGGGGUACCGAGACUGGAAAGUGAUCAUAUCAUUGCGUUUUUGAAUGAGUUGAUUGCGACCACCAACGAAAUACACGUUUCGUUCGAUUGGAACAAGGACGAUGUUGCGUUUUGGGACAAUAGGAUUUGCAAUCAUUCGGCGACGUAUGGGUUUGCUCCUCAUAGGAGACAUGCGGUUAGAGUUGCUACUCAAGCAGAAAUACCAUAUUACUCUGCAGAUGGAAAGUCGCAAGAGGAAGAGUUGAAUGCUAGGUAUGGGUUGCCGGCUGGGAAUAAGGAUUGCAGUGGUGUGGGUAACUACAAUGACUGA